UCUACAACUACACAUAUUAGUACUAGUAAUUCGUACCUUGCUGAAGCUGUCUGAUCAGUAUCAUGGCUCGGGUCAUUGUCCUGACGGUCUUCUUGACCCUGCUCAGCCUGGGCUCUACUGCUUCCAUGCGUAAUAAAUUGCCAGAACAAGAAGGAAGGUUGGACAUCUUGGAGACCUUGCUGAAUGUCAACCCUCAGGAUGAUGGUACGCUGAUUGAAGGAGACAUCAAGAUGAAGGAGCUGGAAUCAAACAACGGUUCACCUGAUGACGCGCUGUCGAAUGCUGCCGCGUGCACCUCCUCCACUUGCCUGUGGGAAAAACACGAAGACGGACAUGUGUAUGUCCGUUAUGUUAUAAGCUCAGACUUUUCAAAAUUUGAAAAAAAUUUUAUCCAAGAUGCCAUGAAAGUUUUUGAAGAAGUCACCUGUAUUCGCUUUGAAGAGCUUAAUAAAAGGGAGCAACAACUAUUCACAAACUACAUCAAUAUAAUUUCAGCCACAGGGUGCUGGUCAUAUGUGGGCCGUCAGGCGGGUGUGCAGGAUCUGUCCCUGCAGAAAAAUGGCUGCAUGCACAAGCAAAUAAUCCAGCAUGAGCUUCUCCAUGCUUUGGGCUUCUACCACGAGCACAACCGGAGUGACCGCGACGACUACGUCAACAUCUUCUACGAAAACAUAUUAGCAGGCGCUGAAAAUAAUUUCAAACUUUUUACAACCAACAACCUCGAGACUUCAUAUGAUUUCUUUUCUGUGUUGCAGUACAGCAAUCGGGCAUUCAGCGCUAAUGGGCAAAUGACCAUCCAGGCUAAACACGACCCAUCAUUCGAGUUUGGAUUUGCUACGACCAUGAGUGAAAAUGACAAGCUCCGUACCAACAGGCUCUACAACUGCACCACGUACCUGCCCUAGUCUGCAAGAGGCACACAGAACACAAAAACAGCUCACCUUCUCAGAUCUCAUCUCAUUUAGCUACUCUAUUUAGACACAUUUGCACUGUGCAUUUUACAAGAAGCAGUUAUUUUUCUUCUUAAUUAUUUUGUUCAUAAUCAAAACAACUCAAUACUUAUCUAUGCACAUGUUUAUAUGUAAGCAAAUUGAGGGAAACUAUAUUCACUGUGCCAAAACAAUGUGAAAAUGUUUGUUUGUUUAAUGGUCUAAUUUGCGGUCUGUAUUUUAUUAAUAGUAGUAGUCUAACAGGUAAAGCAGUUUAAUAAAAUAAUGAUUUUUGUGCAUGC